AUGCAUUCCAAGGUGUGCCAGCUGAACUUCCAGGAUGCAGAGUCAAGACAACAUGAAUACAAGAAGUGUGUUUGGACGCUGCUGUCCCCUCUUGCCGCUUGCUGCUGUCCCCUCUUGCCGCUUGCUGCAGCCAUGGUCAACCCCAUCAUGUUCUUCGACAUCGUGGCCAACGGCGAGCCCUUGGGCCGCGUCUCCUUCGAGCUAUUUGCAGACAAAGUUCCAAUGACAGCAGAAAACUUUCGUGCUCUGAGCACUGGAGGGAAAGGAUUUGGAUAUAAGGGUUCUUCCUUUCACAGGAUUAUUCCAGGAUUCAUGUGCCAGGGUGGUGAGUUCACACGCCAUAAUGGCACUGGCGGCAGAUCCAUCUACGGAGAAAAAUUUGAGGAUGAGAACUUCAUCCUGAAGCAUACAGGUCCUGGCAUCUUGUCCAUGGCAAAUGCUGGACCAAACACAAACGGUUCCCAGUUUUUUAUCUGCACCACCAAGACUGAGUGGCUGGAUGGCAAACACGUGGUCUUUGGAAAGGUGAAAGAAGGCAUGAACAUUGUGGAAGCCAUGGAGCGUUUUGGGUCCAGGAAUGGCAAGACCAGCAAGAAGAUCACCAUUUCCAACUGUGGACAGCUCUAAUUCUUUUGACUUCUUACCCAUCAGACCAUUCCUUCUGUAGCUCAGGAGAGCACCCCAGCCCCAUCUGCUCGCAGUACCCUGUAAUCUCUGCUCUCACUGAAGUUCUUUGGGUUCCAUAUUUUCCUCAUUCCCCUUCAAGUCUAGUUGGAUUGCAGAGUUAAGUUUAUGAUUAUGAAUAAAAACUAAGUAAGAA